AUGAAACUAAAGCGUGUACUCGUAAUCGCGGGCUCGGACAGUUCUGGUGGAGCAGGCCUAGAGGCAGACCAGCGGGUGCUUACCGCUCAUGGCUGCUAUGCCCUCACGGCCACGACGGCAUUGACGGCGCAAAACACAUUAGGUGUGCAGGAUAUUCACGUCGUCCCCGUGGGAUUCGUAAGGAAGCAGAUUAAUGCUGGGUUGGAAGAUGUUGGAGCGGAUGUGGUGAAGUUAGGCAUGUUGGCAUCUGCGGAAACUGCGGAGAUGGUGGCCGACACUCUCUGGCAUCACAAGGUCUCCAAAGUCGUGCUUGACCCUGUUAUGGUAUCUACUAGUGGCUCAGAGCUGCUCCCUGCUGAAGCCGUGAAUAUUGUCCAGACGAAACUUCUUCCAUUGACAACCAUCGUAACCCCUAAUAUACCCGAAGCCAUCUUACUGCUCCAAGGUUCAGGGGCGGCUACCAAAGAUCCUGAGAACCUUGAAGAUGCGAUCCAAAUAGCAAAACAGAUCCAUACCCUAGGCCCGAAAUAUGUUUUGCUCAAAGGUGGCCAUAUGCCACGGACCUGCUCGAGGUCCCUUGCAAGCUCUAGGAUAAGCUGUCUCAAGAAUACCCAUGGGACUGGUUGCUCCCUUGCCUCUGCGAUUGCAGCAAAUCUCGCACAAGGGAUGGAUGUGGUGCGGGCUGUUCGUGCCGCUUGCAGGUUUGUCGAGGCCGGCAUCAGGACGAGCGUGGAUAUGGGAAAGGGGAAUGGGCCGAUUAAUCACUUCCAUUCUGUGUACUCACUGCCGUUUGCGCCCGGCCGAUUUGUCGAGUAUAUACUGGAUCGUCCCGACGUCCAACCAGUAUGGAAAGCCUUUACGGAACACGAGUUUGUGGCCGGUUUGGGAAAAGGAACGCUGCCGGUGGAAAAGUUCAAGGGCUAUCUGAUCCAAGAUUACCAUUACUUGAUUCACUUUGCGCGGAGUAAUGCACUUGCAGCAUCGAAACAUACUGAUAUCGACGGAAUAUCUAUGUCUGCGCAAAUAGUGCUUCACGUCCAACGCGAAAUGAACUUACAUCUCGAUUACUGCGCAACAUUUGGGUUGACAAAGCAAGACAUCGAAAAUUGCAAGGAGAGCCUAGCAUGUGUUGCCUACAGCAGAUAUAUACUCGACAUAGGUCAAUCGGAGGACUGGCUAGCUCUACAAGUUGCACUCUCACCUUGUCUAAUUGGAUACGGAGCUAUCGCCAAAAGGCUCCAUUGCGAUGAGAAUACCGCACCUACAGGGAACAGGUAUUGGAAAUGGAUUGAAAAUUACGUAGCAGAGGACUAUGUGAAGGCAGUGGAGGCCGGGUCUGAGCUCCUAGAACGACACAUGAGGGACGUGUCCCCUACUCGGAUGGAGGAAUUGAUCAAGAUAUUCAUUCGAGCUACAGAGCUUGAGAUUGGGUUCUGGGACAUGGGGCUGAAGGCGGACCAACUGUAG